CUAUAAUAUAAAUAUAAUCCUCUGGCAACACUGCGAUUUGCGAUCGCGAAACGCGAACGCCAUUUUGAUUUGUUGUCAUCGUCAUCAAGUGGCAUUUUCAUCUCAUAGAAUUAUUUAAUUUCUACUAGUAAUUCUAGUAUUGAAAAUACAUAGCUUUUGAAAAACAUUCCUUAUUCAAAUGGGAUGUAGCUUUGAUAUACAUGUAUAGUUUUGGUUUUCUUCGAAAGUAUUCAAGUGUAGGUUUUCCUCAAAAACGUGAAAUGAGCGGUGAAUAGCCGAUAGCGUUUGCAAACCGGCAUAAUAUUUUUCAUAGGCUUCUAACUUGUCCGAAAAUUGUGCGAUCAUGUAUACGGGUACCAACACCAAUCAGGACAACAGAUUCAGCGACAAGGAGAAAAAACUUAUGAAGUCCAUGAGGUUUAACCCAUGCUUGGGCCAACAAGUAGAUAUGACAAAGGUUAAACUGGAGGUAAUCAAACCAUGGAUUCAAGACAAACUAACGGACAUUCUCAAGAUAGAUGAUGAUGUUGUUGUGAAUUUUGUUUACAAUCAACUGGAAGAGAAGUAUCCUGAUCCCAAGAAAAUGCAAAUCAAUAUCACUGGUUUCCUGCAAAGCAAAAAUUCCAUGGAAUUUAUGGCUGAGCUAUGGACCCUCCUCCUGUCUGCACAGGAAAGUCCUACAGGGAUUCCUGAGUCUUUGAUGGACUUGAAGAGAGAAGAACUUGCGAAAAAGAAGGAAAAGGAGGACAAGGAGCGAGAGAUCCGAGAAAAGGACCGCGAACGCGAAAAAUCCGAGAAGGAGAAAAAGUAUCGCGACAGAGACAGAUCCAGAUCUCGACGGUCCAGAUCGAGAUCGAGACCUCGGAAGGGCUCCAAAGAACGCGUGAGCAGGACCAAGGAGAAGAAAUCCAAGAGCAGGGACAGCAAGGAGAGGAAGUCGAGGAGCAAGGACAGGAAGUCCAGGAGCAGGGACAGGAAGUCUAGGAGUCGUGACAAGGAGUCACGAAGCAGAGACAGGAAGUCCAGGAGCAGGGACAAGGAGUCACGUAGCAGGGAGAGAAAGUCCAGGAGCAGGGACAGGAAAUCCAGGAGCAGGGACAGGAAGUCGAAGAGCCGAGACAGGAAGUCGAAGAGUCGAGAUAGGAAGUCGAAGAGUCGAGACAGGAAGUCCAGGAGCAAGGACAGGAAGUCUAGAAGCAGAGACAGGAAAUCCAGCAGUGGGGACGGGAAGUCGAGGAGCAGGUCGCGAGGCGCCGUAGGCGAUGGAGUGGACAGCCGGUCGGUGAGCAGGGAGAGGAAGUCGCGCAGCCGCAGUGCCGAGGGUAGGUCGCGCAGCAGGUCGCGCAGCAGAUCGCUGUCUGCGGACAAGGUCGCUAGGAACGGCAUAGCGAGUCCCGGCGAGCGAGCGAACGGCAGAGAGGGCUCUGAUCCGCCGGACAGCAAGGGGACAGCAGCUCCCGCGACUCUGCCGGUCUCGAAGCUGCAGGCGAAGCUGAUGUCGCUUGCCGAGAACCACAAGGCGGCGUCGUCGCGAUCGCGCUCGCGUACGCGCAGCCGCACGCGCUCCAAGUCGCGCUCGAAGUCGCGCUCGUCGAGCGAGUCGAUCAAGGGCGGCCGCGGCAGGGGCAGGUCGUCGCGCAGCGCGUCGAAGGGCAAGGACAAGCGCCGGUCGCGGUCGAGUUCGGUGGGGUCGAAGGAGAACUUUGAGAUACGGAAGAAAGAGGAUAGCGUGCAGAAGAAGCGCCACUACAGAUCAAAUAAGGACAGUUCGGAUAGCGAGCCGGAAGGUAAGAGAAAGCGAUCAAGAUCAAAAUCUCCGAGACGCAAAGAUCCCAGUCCCAGAAGAAAGCGCAGCCUAUCGAGACGGCGUUCUUUAAGCAGAAAAAGGAGCAUUUCCAGAAGACGCAGCCCGUCUAGAGGCCGGCGGAGCCCGAGCAGAGACCGCAGGCGGCGCAGCCUGUCGCGCAGGGCGAGCCCGCGUCGGGGCGGGGCGGGCAGGCGCGGCAGCUACGGUAGGCGGAGCUUGAGCCGGAGCAGGAGGCGGGGCGGCAGUAGGCCGCGGCGGAGCAGCCCGAGGCGGAGCAGCCCGAGGCGGAGCAGCCCGCGGCGGCGGUCGAGGAGCCUGAGCAGGGGCAGGUACCGCAGGAGCAGAAGCCGCAACAGGGCGUCCUACCGCCGCCCCUCGCCACUGCCACGUGACCGCCGCGCCUCCAGAGACAGAGACAGGAGAUCGCGAUCGCGCAGGCGCUCCUCGCGCGAGAGGAGGGGCAGCGUGAGGAGGCGGUCGCCUGUGAGGGAGAGGGAGCGGUCGAGGCCGCCGGCGAGGAGGAGGAGCCCUAGUCCGCAGAAGCGCGACGAGCGGGAGAGGAGGGGCGAGAAGGAACGGGAGGAAGGGAAGAGGUCGAGGAAGGAGGAGAGGCACGCGGCCGAGCCGCCGCCGAAGAAGGUUGAAGAAGCUCGUCGUAAGAUAGAAGAAGAACUGCACAAGAACGAGAAGAAGGAACGCGAAGACUUCGACAAGAAGAGGAAAUCCGAGGCGGCCGAACGAGAAUCUCGCAUGAGAGAUAGGGAAAAGGAGAAGGAGCGGAACCGUAAAAAGUCCCGCAGCGUCAGCCCCGAAGAAAACCACCCGAUCCCCCCGCACGGCCCCCCACGCUACUCGAGGAGCCUCUCCAGAACCCCGUCGCCCUUCAUCAAGGCCAACGAGUUCCCGCCGAAGCCCGCCAAGCCGGUCGUCGCUAAAGAGGAGAAGAAGAAGCCUCACAAGGAGAAGGUGGAAGUGAAGACGGUGAAGAAGCCGCCGCGCAAGGUGCAGAAGAGCGAAUCCGAAUCGAAUUCCAGCGAUUCGGACAGCGAGGAGGAGAAGAAAGACAGACGCAAAGUGAAGAUCAAGAAGAAGCCGAAGAAGCGCGAUUCCAGCUCCAGCGACAGCGACGACGACGAUCGAUCUUCGCGGGAGGUCGAGGUGAAGAAGAAGAAAGAUAGGAAGAGGCGCGAUAGCAGCGAGGAAAAGGUGUCGAAAAAACGACACCAAAGCUCGGAAUCCGAGGAGGACAAGAAGAUGAAGAAGAAGCGCAGGUCGGUGAGUUCGGAUAAGGGCAAAAAGUCGAAGAAGGAUUCCAGCGAGAGCGAUGCGCCCAAGAAGAAGAAACGCCAAGACAGUUCGGAUGAUUCGGACAGAGACAAGUCGUCGAAGAAACACAAGAAGGAGAGUUCUUCGGACAGCGAGGAAGAGUCGGUGAAGAAGAAGAGGCAUAAGAAGAAAGUGAAGUCUGGCAGCGAUUCCGAUGACGAAGUGGAGGCUAAGAAGAGGAAGAAAGACAAAAAGCACAAGAAGAAGAAGAAGCACUCCAAGAAACAUAAGAAGCAUAAAAAGAAGAAGCAGGAGAGCGAUGAUUCUGAUAAUAGCGAAGCUGAAGUGGUGAACGAGGACGAGAAAAAGUUGAGAGAGAAAGCUCUGAAGUCGAUGAAGAGACAGAAUUCUAGCGAUAAGUCGGAUUGAGUGAAAGGCGUUGUUCUUGUGGAUAUAUGUAAUUAGGAAUUAAUAAUUGAUAGACAUGGUAAUCGUGUGACUUUAUGUGCUGUUCUUCAUUCCUGAGAAUGAUAAAUAUAACAAUAAAUAUGAGUAUGAAAACUCAGUA